AUGGGUCCUGCACUGAAUGCUGCAAAGCCUCUUCCCAGAGGGCAGCAGGAAGAGCAGUCCAUGCUUGGAACAAACACCAACAUCAGUAGCACACUACCACCAAAGGGACUCGUAUCCUGCCUAGCCAGGUGUGACUCCCUGCUAAAAAAGUUUGUCAGAGAGCAGAUGGAUGAUCCAGAAGAAGAUGGAGAGAAAAUCAUGAGAGCAAUAUUAAGAUUCAACAUGCGUGUGUGGAUUCUAUUGUUGCUUUUUGCAGGAACAUCUCACACUGAGGACCUCGGUGGAUGUGAACAGCAGCCAUGCCAAAAUGGUGGAGUUUGUGAAAGCCACUCGGAAGGAUUCCGAUGCCUUUGUUCGCAGCAGAGCCAAAAUGGACGCCUGUAUGUCGGGGAGAACUGUACUGUUCCUCUUACAGGCUGUGAAGAAAGCCAGUGUGAGAAUGGAGGAAGAUGUUCUCCUUUGUUGGUGAAUGACCAACACACUUUUAUGUGCAUCUGCUCUCCAGGUUUUUCAGGGCCUAGAUGCCGGACCUCCACCACCUUCUCAUUUGAGUCACAGGGCUACAUGUACAUAGACACAAAGCAACUAGAAUCAGAAUCACCUCUAAAUUUGACCUUCAGCUUUAGGACGGAGAACCCAACCGGCACUCUGUUUCAACGUAGAGUGGAUGAUCUGUUUCUCACCAUCGAGCUGAUGGAUGGACGACUCUGCCUCUUUAGCUUGAAGAAUGAAAGCAACAAAGCGCUGGUUCAAGAACUCCCUGAGUAUUUAUCAAACAACAAGUGGCACACAGCUGAAGCAUCACUGGGCGGCGCGGUCAGUCUCAUCAGGCUUCUCUGCAGAGAAAGGAGCUGCACCAGAAACUCCAGCGCUGCAGUGCAUCCGAUGCAUUCAACUGCUGCUCUGCCUGAGCCAGGAGCUGUUCGCCAAACCCUCUUCCUUGGAGCAAUUGCAGGGAACUGGUCUUCAGGCGGAGUGGAGGAUGAAGCAAACCAUCCGCCUGCAUUUCUGGGCUGCUUUAGGGAUGUCUUUGUAGAUUCACUCCUGGUGUUGCCUGCUGAAGCGCCAAAAGAUUCAAGCAUCCAGGCGAACAUCGUAGCUGGAUGCAGUGACAGAGACAAGUGUGAGGACAGCCCAUGUCAGAACAGGGGGCGCUGUGUGAGCCGGGGCUGGAGGAGGUACACCUGUAAAUGCCACCGGCCGUACGACGGAGAGGACUGUGCAGAGGAGUAUAUCAGUGCCCGGUUUGGAAACAAAGAUCUUGAGAGCUAUGCCGUGUUCUCAUUAGACAACAACCCGGGAGAUUCUUUGGUGAUAUCCAUGUUCAUUCGCACUAGACAAACCAGCGGGCUGCUUGUCAUCAUGGCCAACACCACUAGCCAGUACCUUCGCCUGUGGCUGGUGGAGGGCAAGAUCAAAGUUCAGGUUAACAACUUUGAGACUCUUGUUGGUCGGAAUCCAGUCAGCAAUGGCCAUUUCCACCUGGUCACUGUAAAGCUGGAAGGAACAUCAGCCACGCUGUUCCAGUCAGCUCAAAUUGAAGGCUCUAUGACCAUCAGGAGAGUCCAAGCCAAUCCCGACGAUCCGGUUUACGUUGGAGGGCUACCAGACUCAAGGGCCUCAGCUUCAUUUGGUGGAUACUUCAAAGGAUGUGUCCAGGAUCUGAGAAUCAACAGCAAACGCCUGCAGUUCUACCCAAUACCAACUCCUGUUGAGUCGUACAGCCUGCAGAAGCUCGUAGGUGUUGCGGAGGGAUGCAGCAGCGACAACGCCUGUGCUGCAAACCCUUGUCUUAAUGGGGGAGAGUGUUACUCCAUGUGGGACGAUUUCAUCUGCAGCUGCCCUCCCAACACAGCGGGGCAAAGGUGUGAAGAGGUAAAAUGGUGCGAGCUGUCUCCCUGCCCUGUUACAACCGUCUGUCAACCCCUCAGUCAAGGCUUUGAGUGUUUGUCCAAUGUGACAUUUCGGCUUGAAAACAACAUUUUUUGGUACCACAGUAAUGGAAAAAUUAAGCGCAACCUCACCAGCAUCUCCUUCAGUUUUCGCACCAGACAGACGGAGGCCAUUUUGCUCUAUUCUCAGAGAGGCACUGACAUCAUAACGCUCUCUCUCCUCAACUCUCAUUUGUUUAUGGAGCUCCAGGCCGGGGCUAAUAAAGAUUCUGGGAGAGUGACAGCCAAGAGCCGGGCUCCAUUCAGCGACGGUGAGUGGCACUUUGUGUCGAUCAGCAAGGACAAACGGACUCCAGCAUCCAGUUGGAUCAUUGAGGUAGAUGGAGAAAAAAAGUACAUCAGUGUUUCUGGAGCAAAUUUUGGUGACUUGAACUUUCUCAGGGAUGGAGCUGACAUUUUCGUAGGAAGUUUGAACCAGGAAUCGGGAGCCACCUUUUCAGGGUGUCUAGGUCCAGUAAAGAUUGGGGGUCUUCAUCUACCGUUCCACCUGGACAAGGAGCUGAACCUCCCCAGACCUCAGGAGGAGCAGUUUGUGAGGGGUAACAGCAAUCAUUCCCCAUGGUAUGGAUGCUGGGGAGCCAGUGUAUGUUCUCCAAACCCAUGCCAGAAUGGGGGUGCCUGUGAAGACCUGUUUGACCUGCAUCGGUGCGCAUGUCCCUCUGACUGGACAGGGUCACUAUGCCAAGAAAAGACAGACACCUGCAUCUCCCAUCCAUGUGUCUACGGAAACUGUACCAACCUAUCCAAGGGCUUUAAGUGUGAGUGUGAGGCGGGCUUCACUGGUAAACGCUGCGACGUAGAAGUCGAUAUGUGUGAAAACAGCAGUUGCAGCUACGGUGCCACCUGUCUUAAAGGCUUCCGGAGCUACACGUGUCUGUGCCCCCGGAACAUGACGGGCUAUUACUGCGAUGUGAAAAUCCCUGACACACCUUGGUACAUUGAAACAGAUCCGCUUCCUCAGUUGCCUGCGUCUUCCUGUGUGGGAACAAGAUGGAACUACAAUUGCUUUAAUGGAGGAAACUGCUCUGAAGCCGGGAACACUUGUUACUGCCUUCCUGGCUUCACCGGUCAAUGGUGUGAGAAGGAUAUCGAUGAAUGUGCCUCAGACCCGUGCAUGAACGGAGGCUUCUGCAUCAACUACAUGAACAGCUUUGAGUGCGUUUGCGACAUGAAUUACUCAGGCGUCUACUGCCAAAUGGACGUCAGCGACUUCUACAUGUAUCUGUUCCUGGGCCUGUGGCAGAACCUCUUCCAGCUCGUGUCCUACCUGGUUAUCCGCCUCGAUGAUGAGCCGGAGAUUGAGUGGGGCUUCCAUGUCAACGAUUAGACCGAAUCGGAAGUCCAUCAGAAAUCAGG